AUGAAGUGCUUUGUUCCCAGGCGCAUUUCAGUUCGACCGGUAUCAUUUCUUGAAGACUGCGCAUCUAAUCCGAGCAAAACCUAUCCUGCCACAACAUAUCGAUUACGAGCUUCGGGGUCGAUAAAGGAGAUACGAUAUGCUUCAUCAACCAAGUCUUCGAGGCCGAAAACUGCGUUGUUCUUUCCUGGUCAAGGAGUUCAAAGAGUCGGCAUGUUAACACCAUGGCUCGAAGCAUUUCCCUCGACCGCCGGACCUAUCGUCCAAGAAAUUGAUGACCUGUUGGGUUACAAACUCUCGUCGAUAAUAGCCAAUGGACCAAAUAGCAUCCUUACAGCUACCGGGAAUGCACAACCUGCUAUCAUGGCUUCCUCGAUCUUAAUUCUACGAAUACUCGAGCGCGAGUUCGGGUUCAAGACUCAUGAACGAGUCGAUUUUACAUUGGGGCAUUCGUUGGGAGAAUUCGCUGCGUUAGUUGUGGGGGGUAAUGUGGAGUUUGAGGAUAGUUUAUAUCUAGUGCGCAAACGCGCCGAAGUCAUGGCCGAAUGUUCACGGCGGGCAAGCGAAGAACAUGGAGGGGAAUACGGAAUGGUGGCUUUAGUUACCGAGCCUGAUCACCUCGCUCCAUUGAUAGAAGCUAUACACGAAUUUCUCGGACAUGAUUCUGCAGGGUCGAAAUCCGAGAGCGCGGAAGUUCCUCCGAUACAACAGGUUUUGAUCGCGAAUAUGAAUAGUAAGAAUCAGAUUGUGUUGAGUGGGAAUAUUGGGAGGAUCAAGGAAUUGUUGACGCAUGUUAGACAGUUUGGGGGUCACGAUCCUAGGGCGGUGAGGUUGAAGAGUGAUAGUCCUUUUCAUAGUCCGUUGAUGAGGCCGGCGGCGAAGGCUAUGAGUAGGUUGUUGGAGGGGAAGAGUAGGGUGAAGGGGAAGGAGGAUAAGGAUUUAUUGAUAUUUCCGGGGACGAUGGAUUGCAUAAGUAAUGUUAGUGCGAGGCCGUUUCGAAGUAAAGAGGAACUCAAGGAUCUGUGGUCGAGAAGUUGUGUUGAGACGGUCAGAUGGUGGGAUUCGAUCAAGUACUUGGAUCAGGAGGAGAAAGUUAGGAGGUGGAUUGGUAUUGGACCGGGGAAGGUAGGGAGGAAUUUGGUGGGGAAAGAAGUUGGGAUGAGGGGAAUGGAUACUUUGAAAGGGGGUGGUGUUUGGGGUAUUAGUGAUCCCAAGGAAAUUGAGGAGGCUUUGAAGGCUUUAGAUGAGACUGAAACUCUUGGAGCAGAGGACUAA